AUGUCUUCACGCUCCAAUUCUCCGUCAAAAACCUUGACGGAAAGCAUUGAGAAAUCAUUUUCUCCAAUAAAAAUUAAUCUUACAACUACUGAUGAUUCACCAAAUAAACUGAUUAUUCAUCACAAGACUCCGCAGCGGAUCAUCUAUCAUCCUCAUGGAUUAUCUGCCAAGCAUGAAGCACGUAGAAAUACUAUUGGUUAUAGUAACAGCAUUAAAAGAAGAGGAUUAGUUCAUACACCAUUAAUACCUCCGGGCUCAAUUAGGAAUCCAAUCACUUCCCCAAGGUUGGCAGUCAGACCACCCAUAAAUUUAGAAAGUAUAAAAAGAACCAAUCAAAAAAUGGCUCAACAGAUUAAAUUGGCUUUCCCAGCUAAUAACGAUGAUGAUAAAGAAAAUGAAUUGCAUUUAGAUUUAUCUUCUGACCCAGACGAAGAUUAUAGUUCGCCCAUAAAAAGACACACAAGACCACGUAAUGAUGAUGAUGAUGAUGAUGACAAUGAAAAUAGCGGACAUUUGAGUAAGAUUCCUAAAUUAGCAGAACCCAACGAAGAGAAACAGAGGUUUCCUGAAACCGUAGUAAAUGAUGACGAAGAAAUAGAAUCAGUUGAAGAAAACAAUAGAUCUAAUUUGGCUAAUGAGGAACAAAAUGAUAAUGAUAGUGAUAAUGAGGAUAUAACAAAAGAAAGUCACGGCUCUGUUAUGUAUCAACAGAAUCAAACUCUUGACAAUACCCAAAUAAACAAAAUUAUUCGAGAAGAUCUUAAGCUAGAUUAUAUUACACCAGAAAGAGCAACCGAAGCAGUUGCUCAAAGUCCACAUCCACAUCAUCAACACAUUCGACUUAUAGAAGAGGAUAAAACUGAAGAUUUUGGCAAGUUUAAUGAUACCACUAGUCCAUUGAAAAAGAGAAAUCAAGACGAAAAUGAAUUUGAUGACGAAACUGCUAAUCUUACUUUGGUGCGACAACUCGAAAACGAACCCACUAUUAAUUUUUUAAUGUCCCCAAACUCAAAGCCAGUUUUCUCAAAAGAUCAAGUUAACAAAAUUCAAAAGGAACACGACGCCAAGGUAGAUACAUUAUUGCAAGAGUUGAAUUCACGAGAUGAUAAAAUCAAGGAAUUGUACGAUGAAUUAGCAAAAGUGAACGAACAAUUGAUUUCUAGCCAAAAAGAACAAAGGGCUUUAAAAGAUGAAAAGAGCAAAUUGGCCAAUUCGGAAAACUUGUUAACAAUUCAAUUACAACACAAUGAGAGAGAACUAGCUUCUUUGACUAAAAACUUUAGACUUAAGGAAAGCUCACUUAAUAACUUGAAACGUAAAUUAAAUGAACAAAAAAUUAGCAUUGAUGAGACGCGUCAUGAAAAUGACACUUUGAAGUCAAAAAUAAAUGAAUUACAAGUGCUCGAAAGAGACUUGAAGGCUGAAAUAGUGGAAACAAGCAACUCCAACAUUGAAAGUACUUUGAAAUUGGAUCAGGUCAUCAAAGAAAAGGAGGAAUUAUGGAUUAAAAACCAAGAAUUGAAUGAGAAAUUGCAAAGCUCUGAAUCCACUUCAAGUUCUAAAUAUGAUAAAUUGAAGGACGAGUAUGAAGACUUACAGAAAGAAAAUCAAGAUUUGGUUCGCAAUAACAAAAGAUUAGAAGCAGAUAAACUAGAAUUGGAAGACAAGACCAAGAAACUAGAAACAGUCAAUCAAAAAUUAAAAGAUGAUAAUAUCAAUAAUGAGAAUUUGAUUAAGGAAUAUGAAAAAGUGGCCACAUCGAGAAUUGAAGAGUUGGAGUCAGAAAGAGAUUCAACCAUUGAAGAAAUUUCAAAGUAUAAACAAAUCGUUCAUGAUUUAGAGACUCAAGUUGAAAAAUUGAAACUGCAAUAUGAUGAGAAAGAGAAUACUAAUAAAGAGCUUGAAUUAAGAAUCCAGGAACUUGAAUCUAAGUCUGUUUCUGACGAUGAGCUACAAGAAUUGAAAAGAAAACUUGAAGCAAAAGAUAAAGAUAUGGAAAGCAAAGAAAAAACCAUUGAGGACUAUUUAUCCAAGAUGGAUGAUUUGGUUGGCCACAUUAAGCCCUUGAAAAAAGAAAAUGAGGAAUUGAAACAAGACCAACAAAGACUUACACAAGAGGUUACUUCAUUAAAGGAUAAACUAGAAAAGAGUAAGAUACAAGCAGAUGAAGAUUUGGAUAAAUUGAGUAAAUAUUUGUAUGCUGAAUAUGCGGCAAAGCAUAUCAAGAAAUUGGAGGGUAUUAUUAAAGAGAAUAAAAAAUUAGAAAGAGAGCUUGAAUUCUAUAAAAUGAAAUUAGAAAAGGCUAACAAAGAUGCAGAAUUGUUAUCAGAGCGUAAUGUUUCAUCGUCUGCCCUUAGUCCUAAAAUCACAGCAGCGCCUAAAAACAGGGGCAAACAUUAA